AUGUCCCUCGCCGUUCGACUACUGUACCUUCUCGUGCUGGUGAAUAUUGCCGCCUGUCAUUACUAUUGGUUCGAGAUGCCUGAAGCACAGAAAUUCAACGACGGCUCAGACAUUCCAUACGAUGAUGAACCGCUACAAAUGCAGAAACGAUUUCAUGUGAAAUAUAUCCGGAAACUCGGACGACUACCUGGGGAUCACUAUCAUCUUCCAGUAAUGCGCGGAUGGUCGACACCAAUGUCACCUCAGGACCACCUUGUGGAUCUCUACAAUGCUCUUCGUGAAGUAGUUUGA